AUGUCUGAAGCAGUUGAAGCUCAGGCUGAUAACCAGCCCAAGAGUGCUACCGAUGAUCCUCUUGUAUGGAUCGACUGUGAGAUGACUGGUCUUGACCAGGACAAUGAUGAAAUCAUCGAGAUCUACUGUAUCAUCACAACGGGAAACCUUGAGAUUCUCGAUGAAGAAGGCUUCCACGCCAUCAUCCACUUCCCCCAGUCUCGUCUUAACCAGAUGGAUGAGUGGUGCACAAAGACACACGCAGAAUCCGGCCUCACUGCCGCUGUUCUUGAGUCGACGACCACUCCAGAGCAAGCAGCCGACGCUCUCUACGAGUACAUCACACGCUUCAUUCCUGAGCGCAAGCGCGGCCUCCUUGCGGGUAAUAGUGUGCACUGCGACAGGGCGUUCCUGCGACGGGAGCCCUACAAGCGUGUGAUGAGACACCUGCACCACCGAAUUCUAGACGUGAGCUCCAUCAAAGAGGCUGCGAGACGCUGGUCGGCCAAGAGGAUUGUGAAUAAGGUUCCCAACAAGAAAGGUCUGCACAAGGCGAGGGAUGAUAUUCUGGAGAGCAUUGAGGAGGCGAGAUAUUACCGGGAGGUCAUUUUUAGACCGACAUUUGAUGUUGUGCCUGCUAAGAACAAGGGCAAUAAGGGAAAGCAAUAG